AUGAUGGGCUGUUGUAUUCGAGUGGCCGUAUCCGGCUUGGACGCAACUCUACCCAACAUCCUUGUCAAGCUACGACCUUCCGUACAGAGCAUGCUGCUGUACGCGAUGUACAGAUCUCCCCGGCGCGAACCCAUCAUGUGGCCCGGAAACCCCAGCGCCAAUCUUUGGGCAUGGGGUGGUUGCACGACACAGGUACUACUAUGUAUGUAG